AUGUCUUCUGAAAGGCAGAAAAACACCGAAAAUGAAAAUGAAGAAUUUAGGGAAACCGAUCCGUUACGAGAAAAUCUGGAAGAACAAAAAGAAGAAAAGAAAAGAAGCGUCAAGGAAACAUGUUGUUAUGUUGUGAAAAAUAUCACGGUGGAGCCGACCAUGUUCUUCUUUAUUUUAGCAAUGAUAUUCGGAGUAAUACUAUCACAAAAUCUAAAUAUAGAAAAAGCAUGUCGUGUAAAUUUAAAUUUUACUUCAGAAAUUUGUGAUGCCCUUAAAUUACAAACUUUGGAAGAAGGAAAUGUUUAUGAAAGGGAGGUACAAUACCUCGUAGCAAAGGCCUUGUCAUGGAGAACUUAUAUCACAGCUACCGUGCCUUGCAUUAUGGCCCUUUUUGUUGGUUCAUGGGCAGACAGAACUGGUUAUAGAAAGAUCUUCAUUAUAACAUCUUUAGCAGGGCAAAUGCUUAUUAGUAUCAAUGGUGUUUUAAACGUAUACUUCUUCUAUGAACUUAGUUUAGAAGUUUUAGUUUUCAGUGAAGCUUUGAUUGAUGGUUUAAGUGGUUCUUGGUGUGUUUGCUUGUUAACUUUGUUUUCAUAUAUAAGUGCCAUUACAACUGAUGAGAAUAGGACAUUCCGUAUGGGGCUCAUUAAUUUUAGUUUAACAGUAGGCUUCCCAAUAGGAAUGGGAGCUGGUGGAGUUUUAUAUAGAAAUAUUGGUUACUACGGAUGUUAUGGAUUACUGGCAGGACUUAAUUUUUUCAAUUUAUUGUACAAUAUUUUCAUACUCAGAGAUCCACCACGCACUCCAGAGCAAAUGUCGCAUGAUAAUAAAGGCUGCUGUCACUAUUUGAGGUUAUUUUUUGAUCUCACCAAUAUCAAGGACACUAUACAACUAGUUUUCAAGAAAGGCGCCAAUAAUCGAAGACUUCGUAUUUGUACUUUGCUAGUUGUUGUCAGUAUUUUGUUUGGACCAAUGCAUGGUGAAUUGUCCAUACUUUAUAUAAAUACAAGAUACCGAUUCAACUGGGACGCGGUGAAAUUUAGUGUUUUUCAAGCAUAUAACUUCAUUGCUCAUACUAUUGGAACUAUUUUCUCCAUUAUGGUAUUUAGCAAAUAUUUAAAAUGGCACGACUCGGUCCUGGGAAUUAUAUCAACGUUGAGUAAAAUCGCCUCGUCCUUUGUGUACUGCUUCGCACCGAACGAAAGGAUUUUCUUUAUUGCGCCACUGGUAGAUAUUUUAAACGGAACUUCUCUACUGGCUUUGCGAGCGAUCGUUUCCAAAUUGGUGGCUGUGGAUGAAUUCGGAAAAGUGAAUUCGAUAUUUGCACUGACUGAAAAUCUUAUGCCCUUAGUAUAUGUACCUCUAUAUACAAAGGUAUAUGUAGCAACAAUGGAAACACUGCCUGGAGCAGUAUUUCUUAUGGGAUCUGCUAUGACAUUGCCUGGAGUGGUAGUUUUCAUAUUCCUGUUUUGGGAGCACAUAAGAAAUCAAAAAAGAUUGAAAAAACAGAAUGAUAUUGAAUUAUCGGAAAAG